GUUAUACAUAGUUGUGAGCUACCAUGUGGGUGCUGGGAACUCAACCCAGGUCCUCUGGAAGAGCAGGCAAGGGCCUUAACUGCUGAACAGUGUCUCUAGCUGCCCCCACCUCCAAUUAUUUUUUGAGCAGGUAAUAAAGCCAUAUAGUUACAUAUUUAUAAGACACAAAGUUGCAUACUGUUAAAAGUCUUUUCCCUUCUGUCUUUUGUUUCUCUUAUCACCAACAUUUAAACAUGGUAAAGCUUCACUGCACCUUGCCUCCCCCACCUUGUCACUGUAUCGUAAGGUGUUGACAUUGAUCCAUUCUUAUUUAUGAUUGUAGUGUUCCAUUUUAUGUUUGCGUAUGAGGAAUCUUUACUGAUGGAUAUUUAAGCUUAUUCUCAUCUGUGUUUAUAAAAAUGAAGACUUUGUACAUCUAUAAUUUUAUGCAUAUCUACAAUAUAUAUAGAGAAUGACAUUUUAGAAUUGGAAAUUUCAUAGAAAUUUGCUUAUUUUGUUUUAAUUCAUCCAGUAUUUAUUGAGUACCUAUUGUGUGCCAGACCCUGCAGCAGGUACCAGGAAUCCAGUCUUCAGCAACUCAUGUGAUCCCUGCUUCUGUGGAAUGGCAUCACCCUCUAGGAGGGCAAACCAUGCCCAGGCAGACAUUGUAAUAAAAUUGUGUACAUGAGGAAAUUAAGGACGGGGAUCAAAUAGAGAAGAAAUUGGAGAAAACCACUUUAAAUAGUGUCAUGUGUUCAGCUGUAGGGAAGACAGGACUGCUUAGACUGUGCAAGCCUAUGUUCGCGUUCAGGGUUUGUGAAGGAAGGGUAGCCAUCAGAGGUGAGGAGGAUGGUCCAGUUGGUGUUUGGGAGCAGAAGUGGAUCAGGUGGAUGAGUGAAUAUGAAUCUGGGUAGGAGGAAGCUGGUUGUAAAGACCCAGGACUGUAAAGGACCAACAGCCUUGGAUUGAGUCUUAAACCCAGUAAGUUGAACAAGGGAAGACAACCCCUAACUGACUUGAGAGAGGUGCAGGAGAAUGAAUCGAUGUCAUGGGAAGAGCCAGAUGCCUGUAGUAGAGCCUCCUGUGACUGCUUUGGCAAAACGAGAACUCCCAAAAUAAAGAUGACAUGAAGGCCUCCGUCAGCUGGCUCUCUGGGCUAGCACAGGAGAGCAGAGUUCUGCAGGGCUCAGGCUCGGAAUGGGCGGGAUGUGGGGCUUGGAAACUCCUUCCUGAACUUGUGUUUCUCUUUCAUCCUCAUCCCUCUGCUUCCCUUCUGCAAAAGUCCAUCUCUGUGCCCAUCCUGGGUCCUAUGACUUUUCUCUCCCUCAACAGUCGGUUCCCGAUUCUGGUCCCCGGCCCCCAGCAGCGCCUGCCCCCUUCCCACCGGGGCCCCCCAUGAUGCCACCACCCUUCAUGCCCCCUCCAGGGAUCCCACCUCCUUUUCCUCCAAUGGGGCUGCCCCCUAUGAGUCAGAGACCACCAGCCAUUCCCCCAAUGCCACCUGGCAUACUGCCCCCAAUGCUUCCACCAAUGGGGGCACCACCACCACUUACACAGAUACCAGGAAUGGUACCUCCAAUGAUGCCAGGGAUGCUGAUGCCAGCGGUGCCUGUCACUGCAGCGACGGCUCCGGGUGCGGACACCGCCAGCUCUGCUGUGACUGGGGCUGGCCCUCCGAGGGCCUUAUGGAGUGAACAUGUGGCCCCUGAUGGGCGCAUCUACUACUACAACGCUGAUGACAAGCAGUCCGUGUGGGAGAAGCCCAGCGUGCUCAAGUCCAAGGCGGAGCUUCUGCUGUCCCAGUGCCCCUGGAAAGAGUAUAAAUCAGAUACAGGGAAGCCGUACUACUACAACAACCAGAGUCAGGAGUCCCGUUGGACCCGGCCCAAGGAUCUGGAUGACCUGGAGGCCUUAGUCAAACAAGAGUCUGCAGGAAAGCAGCAGGCCCAGCAACUGCAGACCCUACAGCCACAGCCACAGCCACCUCAGCCACAACCUGACCCUCCACCUAUACCUCCUGGUCCCAUCCCAGUGCCUAUGGCCCUUCUGGAACCUGAGCCAGGUCGAAGUGAAGAUUGUGAUGUGUUGGAGGCUGCUCAGCCCCUGGAGCAGGGGUUCCUGCAACGGGAGGAGGGCCCCAGCAGUUCUACUGGACAACAUCGGCUACUACAGGAAGAAGAGGAAGCUAGGCCAGAACCAGAGAGAUCUGGCCUCAGUUGGAGCAAUCGAGAGAAAGCAAAGCAGGCCUUCAAAGAGCUGCUAAGGGACAAGGCUGUCCCUUCCAAUGCUUCAUGGGAACAGGCCAUGAAGAUGGUCGUCACUGAUCCCCGUUACAGUGCCUUGCCCAAAUUGAGUGAGAAGAAGCAGGCAUUUAAUGCUUACAAGGCACAGCGGGAGAAGGAAGAGAAAGAGGAGGCCCGGCUGAGGGCCAAGGAGGCCAAACAGACCUUGCAGCAUUUCCUGGAGCAGCAUGAGCGCAUGACCUCCACCACCCGCUACCGGCGGGCAGAACAGACCUUUGGGGACUUGGAGGUCUGGGCUGUGGUCCCUGAGAGGGAUCGAAAAGAGGUUUAUGAUGAUGUCCUCUUCUUCCUGGCUAAGAAGGAAAAGGAACAAGCCAAGCAACUUCGGCGUCGAAAUAUCCAGGCUUUGAAGAGUAUCCUGGAUGGGAUGAGUAGUGUCAACUUCCAAACCACAUGGUCCCAGGCCCAGCAGUACCUCAUGGACAACCCCAGCUUUGCUCAGGACCAGCAGCUGCAGAACAUGGACAAAGAAGAUGCACUGAUCUGCUUUGAGGAGCACAUCCGAGCUUUGGAGAGAGAAGAAGAGGAAGAGCGGGAACGUGCCCGGCUUCGGGAACGGCGCCAGCAACGAAAGAACCGGGAGGCCUUUCAGACCUUCCUGGACGAGUUGCAUGAAACAGGGCAGCUGCAUUCCAUGUCCACCUGGAUGGAGCUGUACCCAGCAGUCAGCACUGAUGUCCGCUUUGCCAACAUGCUGGGCCAGCCGGGCUCUACUCCUCUGGACUUAUUCAAGUUCUAUGUGGAGGAGUUGAAGGCUCGGUUCCAUGAUGAAAAGAAGAUCAUAAAGGACAUUCUUAAGGACCGGGGCUUCUGUGUGGAAGUGAACACAGCCUUUGAGGACUUCGCCCACGUCAUAAGCUUUGACAAGAGGGCUGCUGCGCUGGACGCAGGCAACAUCAAGCUGACCUUCAAUAGUCUGCUGGAGAAAGCAGAGGCACGGGAGAGGGAACGGGAGAAGGAGGAGGCACGAAGGAUGCGGCGCAGAGAAGCUGCCUUUCGAAGCAUGCUGAGGCAGGCCGUGCCUGCUCUGGAGCUGGGCACUGCCUGGGAAGAGGUCCGUGAGCGCUUUGUGUGCGACUCAGCCUUUGAGCAGAUCACCCUGGAGUCGGAGCGGAUCCGGCUCUUCCGAGAGUUCCUGCAGGUGCUGGAGCAGACUGAAUGCCAGCACCUCCACACCAAAGGCCGAAAGCAUGGCAGAAAGGGCAAGAAACACCAUCGCAAGCGUUCUCACUCACCCUCAGUGAGUCGGCAGGGUUCUGAGUCAGAUGAAGAGGAGCUGCCCCCACCAUCCCUCCGGCCUUCCAAGCGGAGGAGGCGGAACCCCUCAGAGUCUGGCUCUGAGCCCUCAUCCUCACUUGACUCAGUAGAAAGUGGGGGUGCUGCCCUUGGAGGACCAGGCUCCCCAUCGUCCCACCUUCUUCUUGGGCCAGAUCAUGGUCUUCGGAAAGCCAAGAAACCAAAAAAGAAAACUAAGAAGAGAAGACACAAGUCGAACAGUCCUGAGAGUGAGACAGACCCUGAAGAGAAAGCUGGCAAGGAGAGUGAAGACAGAGAACAAGAACAGGACAAGGACAGGGAACUCCGGCAGGCAGAGCUCCCCAACCGCUCCCCAGGCUUUGGAAUCAAGAAGGAGAAGACAGGCUGGGAUACAUCAGAAAGCGAGCUGAGUGAGGGGGAGCUGGAGAGGCGAAGGCGGACACUCCUACAGCAGCUGGAUGACCACCAAUGACCCCACGAGCUCUUUCUGCCUUGGGACUUCAUGAGGCAGUGGCUCCAGGGCCAUCCUCACCAUCUGCCUCAGACUCCGUCUGUCUGGUCUGUGUCCACUUUCCCUAAAUAACCCACCCCAACACACUACUGUUAGCCCCUCUCAAGGCUGCUCUUGGUGUUCAAGGGUCCCCUAGUUCUCAGAAACUAGUGCAGUCCUUGCCCUUAGCCCCAGACCAGAGAUGGGCAGUCUAUACCACACGGGGUGGGUGAUGCCAGUAGAUAAAGUGUGAGAAGGGGUUUCCAGGAAAGAGACAGGCUGGUGGACACAGCCUGGGUGGCAGAGGGCAGGGUCCUCACCCUCUAGCAUCAGUGCCUGCUCUUGCCUGACCUGGCCCUGGGGCUCCACCAUUGCUUCCUCUACCCCGGGACCUGAUGUAUGUGUUCUGUUUUUGUUUUUUAAAUAAUAUUUAUAACAUGAUCUACAA